GCCCCGCCGCCCACCGCGGGCGCGGCGCAGCGCAGCGCGGCCGCCGCCGCCCCGCCAUGAGCCGGAGGUAGCGGCGGCGGCGCCUUCCGCAGCCGCCGCCGCCCGCCCGCCCCUCCGCGGCGGCGGCCGGGCCCGCGAUGCCGAACCAGAAGGGCGGCAAGGGCAAGAAGAACAAGCGCGCCAACAGCAGCGGCGACGAGCAGGAGAACGGGGCGGCGGCGGGCGGCGGAGCCGCGGCGGCGGCGGGUGGCGGCGGCGCCGGGGGCGGCGGAGCCGGAGCGGCGGCCGCGGGCGGCGGCGGCGGAGCGGGCGGAGGAGCGGGCGGCGCGGCGGCCGCGGGCGGCUCGGCGCCCGGAGACGGCAAGAGCGAAGCCCCUUGUGCUACUCCACUGAUCUGUAGCUUUGGAAGGCCGGUGGACCUGGAGAAGGAUGACUACCAGAAGGUUAUAUGCAACAACGAGCAUUGUCCCUACAGCACUUGGAUGCACCUUCAGUGCUUCUACGAGUGGGAGAGCAGCAUCCUCGUCCAGUUCAACUGCAUUGGCAGGGCCAGGAGUUGGAACGAGAAGCAGUGUCGCCAAAACAUGUGGACCAAGAAGGGAUACGACCUGGCUUUUCGGUUUUGCUCCUGUCGGUGUGGGCAGGGCCAUUUAAAGAAGGACACGGACUGGUACCAGGUGAAGCGAAUGCAGGAUGACAAGAAGAAGAAAUCAGUGUUGGAGAAGAGUACGGGCAGGUCCAUGACAGAGUCAGCAGAGGAGGCCAAGAAAGGCAGGCCGGCCAACAAGCCGCAGAAAGGCUUGAGUAAUGACCUGCAGCGAAGGCACUCCAUGGACAGGCAGAACUCCCAGGAGAAGGGUGUCAUGGGCGGCAGCUACGCCGUUCGCUCCCCUUGUGUCUCUCCUGGCCAGUCCCCGCCCACCGGCUACUCUAUCCUGGCCCCCACGCAUUUCAGUGGCCCUCGCUCCUCGCGGUACUUGGGAGAGUUCCUGAAGAACGCCAUUCACCUGGAGCCCCACAAGAAGAGCAUGGCCGGAGGGGGCAUGUUCAGGAAUGCACAUUUCGAUUACGGGACAGCUGGCUUGCAGGCACACAGAUCAGGACACUUCGAUAGCCCCGUGCAGUUCCUGAGAAGGCUCGAUCUGUCCGAGCUGCUCACCCACAUCCCCAGGCACAAGUUGAAUACUUUCCACGUGCGGAUGGAAGACGAUGCCCAGGUGGGCCAAGGGGAGGACCUGCGGAAGUUCAUCCUCGCUGCUCUCAGUGCCAGCCACAGGAACGUUGUAAACUGUGCUCUGUGCCACAGGGCGCUGCCAGUGUUUGAACAGUUUCCGCUGGUGGACGGGACCCUGUUCCUUAGCCCGUCGAGACAUGAUGAGAUUGAAUAUGAUGUUCCCUGUCACCUUCAAGGAAGGCUCAUGCACCUCUAUGCUGUUUGUGUAGACUGUUUGGAAGGGGUUCACAAAAUCAUCUGCAUUAAGUGCAAGUCCCGGUGGGAUGGAAGCUGGCAUCAGCUGGGAACCAUGUAUACCUACGAUAUUCUGGCAGCAUCUCCCUGUUGUCAGGCUCGACUGAACUGUAAGCACUGUGGGAAGCCAGUGAUAGACGUGCGGAUUGGCAUGCAGUAUUUCUCUGAAUACAGCAACGUCCAGCAGUGUCCUCACUGUGGAAAUCUAGACUACCACUUCGUGAAGCCAUUUUCUUCAUUUAAAGUUUUGGAGGCUUAUUGACGAAAGCUUUGCUUUAGUAAUAGCUAUUUUAUGGGUAUUUCAACUUUAUUACAUAUCUUUUUAUAGGAUUCAUUCUGUGAUGAAAUCUAAUUUCUUUUCUAACUGAAAGAGCAGCUUCUUUGUCAGUGUACAUAUUAAUAUGUAUAUAUACAUGUUAUUAAAACCAGAAUCCUCCUGACAAGAUCUCUGUGAAGGUUGGAGGCAAGCCAAUUUAAUGGCCUUUCAAUAUAUCCCAUGUAUGGGGUAAAGUUCAGCUAAAAAUGAUUUGGGUUUAUUUUUUGUAUAGUUGUAAUACAGUUUAUAGGAAGGGUGUGGGGAGACAUAAAGGACAAGAGAAAUAUGUCCAGUUGGAAAAUGGGUAAUUGCAUAGGGUUAUUCCUCCAGCUUGGUGGAAAUGGGAAAUCCAGGAAAUCCUGGAAAGAAAUGAUUCUGAUAACUGUUGAAUUCAUUCAGCCUUUUGCAUUGGUUUCUGGGGGUUCAGGAGUUGGCCCUGUGUUGCCAGUCCCCUCAGCAGGCUUUCUUUCAGAUUUCCCACGACCAGGGUAAACUAAGGUAUCAUGACAAGUGAAUGUAAAUGUGUGCCAGAAAAUGCAAUCUUGAAUGAAUUCUUUUGGCAUCACGUCUUCCUGCCAUGUGUGUUUGAUGUGCAUUGCCCUCACUGAGUCAUAGUGCAGGCAAUAGUGCUGCUUCCAACAGGGCUGUCAUGUGCCCAGCUGGUCAUCUGCUCAUACCAAAACAAGCUGGAGAUCUUAAAAUGCUUUGCUUAAAGGUAUUUCUUCACAGACAUUGUAGGGAAGGAGCUGGCUGAGCUGAAUGGGGAUGUGAUUGUAUGUGCCUGCUGGGACUGAGGCUUUUGCUGCCUGCAGGCUUGUGUGGCUGGCGUGGAAGGAGAGCCAUGGAGUGGGAUCUGGGCCCUCAGACCUGGAUGAGCUGAGAGCUACUGAGUACAAAACAUACAUCACUUUUUAAAACAAUUAAUUGCUGCACCUUCGUCUUUCAAAAUUGUUUUCUGUCUAGGAUCUAAAAACAAGGAGAUGUGUUAAGAAAGCAAACUUAGCAUAUUUACUUUCUACAUGCCUCUGUGCUGUACAUAAUAGACUGCAUUAAGCAGUGAAUUUGUAUCAGAGAGCCUGGCCCUGUAGACUCUGCAGUUGUUGUUUCUUGACUCCCAUUUCUCCCUUCCUUAAAUAAACUUUUUAAAAUAGGUCAUUAAUCUUUUGCUUGGUUUCUCAAAUCAGUUGAGAUUUAAGGGACGUUUGGUUUUUUUGCUUUUCUCAGUAGUGUAUUUAUGAAGUAUUUGUCCACUGGAGCAAUAUGGGUUUUGUUUCUGUUUACAUGGUGGGAUUAUUUUUUCUUUCUUCUGAAGUCUUUUGUUUUUCCAAAUUAGUCUUUUUAGAGUGUAUCUGUUGAAACCACAGUCUUGAAAAUGGCCUUGAUAGUCUGCCACCCUGGGAAAGAAAACAAGUCAUAAGCCAAACUAGUGUUUUUUCCUAUGUUGGACUGAGAAUUACACUUUCUGCUGAAUUAAGAAAUUAUCGUGCACUCAAGCUGAAUAUCCAUGUUUCAUAGUGUAACAAUGCUGAGUUCAGGGUGAGUGCUGAUGCUGGCACAGUGUGAGUGGCAGUGUCCUUGGGUGCCACCCAGCUCAUGUGGGGCAGUGCUGAACAGGCUGUGGUCACCUUCAGUGGUGCUCCUCUCCUGUGAGAGUUCCUGGGCUUGGUUUUGGGUCUGGAGCACGUUCUUGGGGUUUUGUGCAGCUGUCCCAUUUGCAACAGUUUUGGGAAAAACCUGUUUCUUGUUCUGGGAGAAUUAUGGGAAAGACUUUGAGAGACUUCUAACACUGUCCUUUCAUGGCAACCACACCAAGCCCAGCUGGUGGGACCAGCACUGCAUCCAUUGUCCUUAGGAGCAGGACCUGGCCUGGGCAUACCUGGGCUGGAAGAAGGUUUCUAGCAAAUAAAACCCAAUUAGCUGUGCAGUGUAGACUUCCCUUGUGAAGAGCAAUCAAGUUAUAGUUUGGAUUAACUCCUCCAGAAGGAUGAGCCCUUCAGCUUUGAUGGUGUGUGGAGCAACCUGCUGGAGUUAGGGUGGCUGGCAGGGUUGGAGUUGUGCUGCCUGGCAGUACCGUGAGAACCAGACCAGACAGAAAACAGCAGCUGUCACAGCAGCCUGAAACACUCAGCAAAGAGAAAGCUCCUGUAAUUAAACAGUUAAAGAGAGCAAUUAAAGCAUCCAUCUCUUACUGCAGGUUCAGUCUUGAGUGCCAGUCAUGAGUCUGGGGUGUCAGUACCCAUAGGAUACAUGGCACUGUGUGCCCACUUUUUUGUGCAGUGGUGAGAGGAGGUGUCACUGUACAAUGCACAUGGUAGGGGACAAGUGGGAUCUCAAGUUGUCCUAGAUACCUGUUCAUUUGCUACCCUUAGAGCAGCUUAAUUUAUAAUUCUGCCCUUUAAGUUCCUGGGUGCCUCUCUACACCUGUAUGUGUGACAAUCAAAAAUGAGUAGACAUGGAAUAAAGGAAAUAUGGUCAGCUUUAAAAACAAGUGUAUGAGAGAUUGUAUAAUACAUUCAAGUCAAAACCAGGAGUGGAGCAGACUGAGAAAAUGGGACAGGAAAAGCACAUUUAAAGUCUUAGCACUGACUAGGAAUUACAUACAAAUAUAUCUAAGUAAACAGUUUAGUUCUUCACCAGCUUUUCCUUUUAAUUCUGCUGUUAAGUGAGUCUUACCUACUGCUUGAGGAAAUGCCUGUUUUCUUGUAAAAUCUUAUCUCUCAACUGGAGGCUAGCAGCACACAUAGCACUGUAAAAAUAAUCCUCAGUCGAAACCAGUUGAGCUACAGAAAGAUUCUUCUGUACUUUCACUCCAAAGUAAAUUAUCCCUAAUUUGUAGAGGCUUUCACUGCUUCUUGUUGGUACUGAAAGCUGCUCUUGGGUUACUGCAAAAUACUCAAUUUUCUGUAACAUGCAGAUUCCAGUCAAGCAGUCAGCCCUCACCUUUGGCCAUGAGAGUUUCCUGGGCUUUGCAGAAGUAGAAUUGCUAAUGCAACUUCUUUGGGGCCUAAUGGCUACUUUGGAGGUUAAAUUAGACCACAGUUGCUCUGCUUUCUGUCUUGACAAGCACUGGAAGUAGUCAUGAGGUUGCAAUUGCAUUAUAAGGGAAAUUACCUCCCUAGCAAGGGAGCUGCUUGCUUUGCUUAUUUGGCUAGUUUAUUCUUCAUUAUCUUUCAUUUCUUUUCUGAUGCUGUGUGUUCUUUUUAAGCUGGCCCACGGUCAGAUUAAGUUGCCUGAAAUAUGUUUUGUAAAUGAGAAUGCAUUCCUCUGAAUUUGGAGGUUCAUUCUACUCUUAAGAGCACGAUACUCCUUGUGAUAGCAAUAGGAGUUGCAUGUGCAAAUGCUUUUCCUUCCAGUAAUUAACUCUCCUUUCCAUAGGAGAGGCUUGCAUUUAGGUAGACUUCAUAUUUUGGAUGUGUAAAACUGAUUUCAUCCAUCAGUAAGAUGUCUACAAAUAAAUUUUGAUAACCAUAACUAACAAAAUGGACAUUUUUACAUGCUGAUGUGUAAUUUGACAUCUAUCGACAUGAACAGCCUGAAAUUUUUGUUCUGUCUAAUGCUGCAGAGUCAUUAAAACUACAGUGUUUUAUAGCCAGACCAUAGACUAUCCUAUAGUCUAUUUACAUUAGCAUCUCCAGUAAUGAGCAGUGUAUUCAUAUUGAGUUUAAUUGGAAAAAUAAGGAAUAUUCCUACAAGGGAGGCAUCUAGCCCAAUAUUUUUCUUUAUUCUGUUUUUGGUUUUUUUUUUCCCCUCCCAUAUUCCUCAUUUUGCUGUACCAAGUAACCAAGGACAAACAUGUAAGGCCACCGGUGAGAAAACCCCUCAAAAAUACACUUGUCCAUAAAGGUUUCUUAUUGAGACAUUCUUGGAUUGCACUUUUGCAGAUGGAAAAAUAUGUACAUAGCAAAUGAAUGUUGAUGAAAUUAAAAUAAUUGGUUAUGAUAUCAUUUAUGUGUGUUGUUAGAGAAUAUUUUGUUGUGAGUUCUCUGUAUUAAAAAGUAAUAAAUACCAGACAGCUGA